AUGGAAAAAGAGAUGCUUCGAGUGGCUUCACGCGCCAACCAAAACUCUUCAUCUACUAAUUCUAAAAAAUUAGCUUUCAUGUUCCUCACAACAUCAACCCUUCCAUUUGCACCUUUAUGGGAAUCAUUCUUUAACAACGCCCCAAAAACACACUUCACCAUUUACGUCCACGUGGAUCCCAGUCAUCCCACCAUGUUCAAGUGGAAGCCACCCUACUCGAGUGUUUUUCAUGAUCGCCUGAUCUUUUCCAAACAUACUGCUAGACACUCUCCCGCACUCGCCGCAGCAGCGCGUAGGUUACUUGCGAGUGCCCUUGUGGAUGAUCGUGACAACUACAUGUUCAUACUUCUCUCAGGUUCAUGCAUUCCUCUACACUCUUUUCACUUCACAUACCACGCGCUUGCAAACUCAAACAAAAGCUUCAUCGAGAUAGCUCCACAAGGUUUAGCCUCGUUUUACCGAUGGUCGACGCAUAGGCCACAUGUGAUGCUUCCGGAGGUAAGGUACGAGGACUUUCGAGCUGGGUCCCAAUUUUGGUCAUUGACACGUAAGCAUGCAAUGCUGGUCGUGGCGGAUACGAAGAUUUGGUCAAAAUUCAAACUCCCAUGCUUGCAUUUGUUGAUGUGUUUCCCAGAAGAGAAUUACUUUCCUACCCUUAUGAAUAUGUUGGACAGAGAAGGGUGCGUGCAUGCCACGCUCACCCACGUGGAUUGGACUAGGAGUAUGGAUGGACACCCUCGAGUAUAUGAGAAGAAUGAGGUUGGGCCUCAGUUGAUUUGGGCCUUGAGGAAAGAUAGGCCCAAGUAUGGUGACCAAGAUGAUGGCACGCGUCGGGAUCCAUUUUUGUUUGCAAGGAAAUUUUCUCCAGACGCGUUACAAACUUUGAUGGCUAUAGCAGAUCGCGUUAUCUUUAAAGAUUAG